GCGCGCCCAGCUCGGGCUCCUCGCACUUGCAGCUGUGUGUCGGUGCUCGCUCGCGCGCGCUCUCUUCCUCCGUCUCUUGCUCCUUCUUCAUCUUCCUCUCUGUAUGAGCCGCGACUCCGGGGACUUUUCCACAUCUCCGUUAACGGAACGCGGCAGGAGGCGCUGUGAGUGAAAAUGAAGUCCCUCACCUGGUGUGUCCCCUUCACUCUUCUCCUCGCAGCCCUCACUCUUCCCUCACAAAGCGCUGAGAAUCCUGGCAGCAAAAAUGUGCAGGAUCGCGAGGAGGCGCCGUUUCAUGGAGGCAUUUGGAGGAGGCAGGGUUCACGAGGCCUGUUUUCCCACAAAUCUUUGCAGUCUGAAGAUGAUGGAGUGGGUCUGGAGGGUUUGAGCCCAGUCCGGCUGGAAAUGGGACCAGGAGAUUGGGGUAGGGAAAGAGGCAUAAGGCACACGAGAGGGCACAAGCAGCAUCAAGGAGGAGAGUUCCAGCGCAAAGGCAGGAAAAAUGGCCAAGUGGACGGCAAGAGACAUGGACGCAAGGACAAAGUACAUGGGCAAGGGUUCUUCCAUGACCCCAGCACAGGAUUUGGCUCUCCGAUGAGAGACGUAGACGAAGCCUAUGCCCGCUUGUCCAAUCGUGAAGCUGCUGCACUUGCAGAAGGCCCCGCCUCUCGCAUCCCGGUAGCCACAGCGAUGCCUGAGCAUCCACCAACCCGAGCCUCGACCUCCACCAAACCACAGAAUGCAGCUCGAGGAAAAGCUCUAGGUGAAGUGUUGCCUACUUUGAACAUGGCGCUUUUUGACUGGACAGACUACGAGGACAUGAGGCCUGAGGACAGCUGGCAAUCCAACAAGAAAAAAGACAAGCGGCGCAAUAAGAACAUGAGCAGUGGCAACGCGACCAUGGGCGCAGAUGACAUUGAGCCAUGUGACCAUCACCUCGACUGCCUGCCUGGGUCCUGCUGUGACCUCAGACAUCACGAGUGCACGCCACAUAACCGUGGUCUGAACAACAAGUGCUACGAUGACUGCAUGUGUGAAGAAGGUCUCAGGUGCUAUGCCAAAUUCCACCGCAAGCGAAGGGUGACCCGGAGACGUGGCCGCUGCGUGGAACCUGAAUCGGCCAACAGCGACCAAGGAGCCUUCAUCACGAUCUGAUGAGAGAGAAGGACAGAGAGAGAUGAAAAACUGAUCGUGACCCUACAACCCUGUACCUCCUUCUAAAGACUUGAGAUGGACUAAUCCUGAAUUGAAAAGUUUAGCGAGUCAAAAAAAUAAAUAAAUAAAUCAGACCAACUCGCCUGUGUGUUAAAGUGCACUGUGUACCAACGUCACUCACACUGUACAUAUCAUUUUGUGUCUCAACUGGACAGGAAGUUGUUUUGUUUUUUUUAAACUGAGAAUGCGUUUUCCAAACUUUGCUGUAAUAAUUAUAUUGCAGUGGUGUGAUGGAGUUUCGCUUUUUUUUGUUUUUGGCUUGCUUUGUAAGAUUUAUUAUUUAUGCUGCACCUAUUUGUCAUUGUAAAAUACCAAGGAGCCAUUUGUUGCAUCCAGUACAAUUCCAACAAUGAUACAGGCCAAUUUAUGUAAUAAUUCUCAAGAUAAGAUUAUUAUAAAAAUAAUUAUAGGAUGAUCCAACAUUUUGUAAACAUUUUACCUGACUUCAUGAAAUUGAUUCAUCUAAUUGCAUUAGAAGAAAUUUGCAUUUUUAGGAAAUAAAUGCUUGAAUAAAUAAGCAAUAUAUGUUCAA